AUGAAGGACUCUGUACAAAAAGACGUUGUGAGGCAUAUCAGUCGUGAAGAAUUUAAAGAUCAGGUCACGGAAGUGACAGCUAUUGUUGCUUAUUCUAAAGGUUUUGCCUGCGCAUGCGGAGUAGGAACCGUUCAUUUAUUCGAACGCUCUGAAGACAGAGAUUUUUACCGCAAGACACGUGAAGUAUUGAUACUGCCAGACAACAGCAUUACACUUCCCAGCAGCCGUUCAUACAAGCAAGUUAUUACGUGUAUGACCAUUAGCCCGUCCGAAGAGACCUUAGUAGCCAGUAGCAACACUAAUCAGAUAUAUAGUACAUCUUUGUCAGCAGCCGAUUUUAGACAGAAUGGAAUGCAAUUGUAUAAUUUUGAUCCUCUGGCACAGAAUUUUCAUUCAAAUACUAUCACAGGAUUAGAUGUGUGCGCGCGAAAACCUCUUGUUGCUACUUCGUCACUGGAUUGCAGUAUCAGAAUCUGGAAUUUUGAGACUUGCUCGCAGGAAUUAUUUAAAGAAUUCGCCGAAGAGGUGUAUAGCAUUGCCCUUCACCCGUCUGGUUUAUACCUAUUGGCCGGUUUCACUGACAAACUCAAAUUACUCAAUAUUCUUAUAGAUGAUAUUAAACCGUUUCAGGAAUUUUCUUGCAAGUGUUGUCGUGAAUGUUGUUUCAGUAAUGGCGGCCAUCUUUUUGCUGCUGUCAACGGAAACGUAAUCCAGGUUUAUUCGACGGUGACGUUCGAGCUGAUAAACAAUCUGAAAGGGCAUAACAAGGCUGUCACGUCAGUUUUAUGGAGUCCCGAUGACAGUAAGCUGGUAUCAUGUGGAGGAGACGGUGCAGUGUACGAAUGGGAUCCUCUUCUUGGGCGCCGAACUGGAGAGACCGUUAUCAAGUCUUGUGUCUACACUGACGUAUCAAUCUCUCCAGACGGAAAGACAACUUACGCAGUUGGCAACGAUAACAUAUUAAAAGAAAUCGGAGAUUCUUCAGUACUUCGCAAUAUCGACGCAGGGGAAGUAACUCUUCUAUGCCUGACGCUGUCACAUUCAGGGAGAAUGCUGUUUGCCGCGACAACACUCGGGAGCCUGUGGAGUUUUAAGUUUCCAUUGAGCGACGCCGGAGAAAGGCAAGAAUAUCAGGGUCACAGUAGCAGAGUUACUCGAAUGAAAAUGACCUUUGAUGACCAAUAUUUGAUCACCGUGUCUGAGGACGCUAGUGUUAUGAUUUGGAAAAUUCAAGACAAAGAAGGUCGCGGAAUGAAACGAGAAAAAGACGCAAUGAGUAGCAUGUAUGCCGACGAGAUUCUGAUAACGAAAAGCGACCUGGAAGAGAAAAAUGCUGUAAUGGCAGAGCUAAGAACCCGGGUCAAUGAACUGGGAAUGGAAAAUGAGUAUCAGCUAAGACUCAAAGACAUGAACUAUAAUGAAAAGAUUAAAGAACUGACAGAAAAGUUCAUCCAAGAAAUGGAAUCUUUGAAAACAAAGAACCAAAUCUUAAAAGCGGAACGGGAUAAGCAAGAAGCUAAACAUGAGGAACAACUGUCGGAAAUGAUGCAAAAGCAUGCCAAAGAAUUGCAAGAUCUGGAAUCUGCUAACAACCAAAAGUUGAUGCUAGAAUAUGAAAAAUACCAAGAGUUGCAGACUAAGAUGAUGAAAAUGCAGGAGGAGAACGAUCACAAAUUGCAUGAAAUGGAGGAAUCUAAAGCCACUGCCUUGACUCAAAUUGAAGAACGCUACGAGAUCAAGCGGCAAGAGAUGAUAUCAAAGUUGCAGAUGGCGCAAGAAGAAAGCCGACGACAGCAGAAGCAGGACGAACUGACUAAGAGAAUGAUGGAAGAAGAUGCUGAUAUGGAGAUAUUAGACAUUAAGACCAAUCUGCAGAGAGAGCUGAGACGUGAAAAGGAUUUGAAUGCAAAGCUGAAAGGAGAAAACGGGAUCUUUAAGCAAAAGUUCACAACGCUGCAAAAAGAGAUUGACGAACACAAAGAGGAGAGUCGGAAAUUCCAAGCCGAGAUCAGCAAGUUGAAUACAAUCAUACGGAAUCUGGAGAAAGAUAUUCUGGGACUGAAAAAAGAGAUUCAGGAGAGAGACGAAACUAUUCAAGACAAAGAAAAACGAAUCUACGAUCUCAAGAAAAAGAAUCAGGAACUGGAGAAGUUUAAGUUUGUGCUGGAUUAUAAAAUUAGAGAACUGAAGAAACAGAUCGAGCCCCGUGAGGACGAAAUCAAACGCAUGCGCGGACAAAUACAGGAAAUGGAAAACGAGCUAGAACAAUCGCGCAAAUCAAAUACACAGCUAGAAUUGAAUAUAACGGAUAUGAAGCAGAAAUACGAAGCUACGUCAAAAACACUAAAAGAAAAGGGAAACUUGGUGCGUGAGAAAGAAGCAAAAGUGAAGCAAUUCAAAACGAGGCUCCAUAAUAGUGUCAGUUUUAUUCAGGAACCUCGCCUUUUAAAGGAAAGCGUCAUUGCCAUGUACCGGAAGUGCGUGGAAGAUGACAUUACGGAAUCGGCCAGUGUCGACGCUGAUAUCCAAAAAGAGAGUCAACCAUUUCAGCUGCCGUUUUGUUAUUACAUUCCUGUUCAGCCACUAACCCGCUUCUCAUCACCGUUAGAUUCCUGCCCGGCAUUUGACCAGCUUCCCGUCGUCGACACGUCCACUCCGACUGUCGACACGACCAGUUCGACCACACCACAGAUUCCCGUCGUCGACACGACCAGAUCAACCACACCUCAGCCUCCCGUCGCCGACACGUCCAACCACAAUUCUACUACCUGGCCUGGAAGCCUAACUGACCGAUGA